ACUCUGACCUUUCACCUGUCAUGUGUGUCUGUGUGUGUGUGUCACACUCUGACCUUUCACCUGUCAUGUGUGUGUGUGUGUGUGUGUCACACUCUGACCUUUCACCUGUCAUGUGUGUGUGUGUGUGUGUGUCACACUCUGACCUUUCACCUGUCAUGUGUGUGUGUGUGUGUGUGUGUGUGUCACGCUCUGACCUCCUCCCUCACACCUGCCUCCUCUCAGUGGCUCCUCCCCUUUUAACGGCGCAGCCAGGUCUCCAUGGAGACGGCGGACGGCGAGCCGGUGACUUCCUGUGUGAAAGUUGAAGUUGUCAUCAAUAAAACAUCUUCUACGUCACGUGCGUCUCGGGACUUGAAAUGGGACACUGGCCCUUUAAGAGACGCCGCAGGAGGGGGGAGGGAGGGUAGGGGGGGGGGGGGGCAGGCGGCAGAGGAGCAGCAGCAGAGACAUGGCGGGAAGCAGCGCCUGAACACGACCAAGAUGGGCAACUCGUCCUUCCCAGCAGGUCGAGAGAAGAGAAAGCUUCCGAUGAUCUCCGCCAAUGAUGGCGAGUUCCCGCGGGACUACCACACGCUGGCGGGCGGCAUCCGGGCCCGGCGGAUUGACGGCGCCUCCAACGGCGGCUUGGCGUCGUCUUCGCUGGACCGCCGCCACAAGACGAUGGCGGCCAAGAGCCUGGAGGCCCUGACCAGCGUCCACAAGGCCGACGUCGAGCGCCAACGCCACGCCAGCAUGGAGCUCCAAAAGAACAACGCCACCAACAGCCCUGGCAGCUUGUCGCUAGGGGGCGCCGCCGCCAGGGGACGGCAGCAACAACAACAACAACAACAAGGUCACUACUGGAGUUUCAAGAGUCGUGCGCCUCGCGUGACCCGACUCAGCCCGACCAAGCCGGUUCUGGCGGAGCAGACCAGCAGGGUUCCCUUGGGGUCAGCAGAACACCUCGAGGCCAUGUCAGAGUCCGAGGUUCCCGUGGGUUUCAACCGAAUGAACCGCCUCCGCCAGAGUCUGCCGCUUGCCCGCUCCUCCAGCCAGAACAAGCUGCGGGCGCCAGGUGUCCUCCUGCUGCAGUUGGGCGAGGAGACUCGCCGAGUGCACCUGAGUCACGAGCUGAGCAGCCUGGACACGCUGAGGGCGCUCAUUGUACACGUGUUCCCUCAGAGGCUCACCAUGGCCACGCUCAGGUCGCCCAGCACGGCUCUCCUGAUUAAAGACGAGACCCGGAACGUCUUCUACGAGUUGGAGGACCCGCGAGACGUCCAGGACCGCUGUGUCAUUAAGAUCUACUGCAAAGAGCCCAUUUACGGAACCUUCCCUGGACGCCAGAACCCCCACCUGGCCAACGGAGACGUGCGGAGGGAGGUGGGGUACGCCCCCCAGGACUCGCCCCCCCCUCGCCGCCUCAGCAACGCUCCCAUGACCUCCCAGCAUUCCUCCGCCUCAUCCUCGCCCCCUCAAGGCUCGCCAUCCCGUGCCCGCCUCCUGUACAGCGGCGGGAGACCCUCCUCGUACGCCGGCCCACCCCACCACCCGCACUCCUCCCCCCACCACAGCCAGCCGGCUUUCUGCUCCACCUCCAGCGCCAUCUUGGAACGGCGUGAUGUGAAGCCUGACGACGAGGUGGGCGGGUCCAGGAGCGUGGUGCUGGUGCGUGCGGACGAGCGCGUGGGCAUCGGGGGGGCCUACACUGACCCCUACUCUCUGGCCAUGGACAGCAACCGCAUGACUCUUGCCGGUGCACCGCACUCGCCUCUCGCGGGCAGGACCGACCCAUACGGCUCCCUGUACCGGCGAGGAGGGGGCGGGUCUGUGCGUUCGCUGACGUCCUACUCGGCCGCCGCUUUACAAGGAGAGCUAAUGGAGGGCGGCGCCCUCUACAGACCGGGCGGCCCGCUUUACAACGACGCCUACGCGGCGUCCGUGUUGGCCAUGGGUCUGCGUGUGCCGCCCCCAUCCUCCCCUCAGAAGAUCCCCGACAUGCGGGACUCGUACGCCAGCACCCUCCCCACCCGCGGGUCACCCGGCAGACAUCGAGACUCGGUGACGUCCUCGCUGUGCAGGGACGGUCCUAAGGGCAGGGGUCAGGGGUCGGGGAUGGGUCUGACUUCUGAUCAGCUCUGCCUGAUGGCGGUUGGGGACGGAGGCGGGGCCAGAGGCUUGGCCCCGCCUCUUCUUGGCAACGAGACGGAAACCAGGGAGCGCAUGGAGGUCAUGGAGAAGCAGAUUGCCAGCCUGACGGGUUUGCUGCAACGUGUCCUCCAUAGGGCGCCCGACACUGAGAGCCCGGACAAGAUGGACUCAGCGAGCGACGGCUCGGCAACCGCCCCUGGACCUGCUAAGAUAAAAAAAGCCGUGACGCCGUCGGGCCCGCUGGCCUUGAUGCCACCACCCCUGCCCUCGGGCGCCGAGCUGCCAGUAAGCGUGUCCCGUGUGCAGAUGCAGCGCCACCUGCAGGGCCUGCAGCACAGCACCAACACCUUGCGCAUGCAGCUCUCACAGCUGCGCAGCAUGCAGCUGGAGAACCGCGACUCAGUGGUAGCCCUCCUGAGACAGACAGAGAUGGAGCUGAGUGGCAUGAUGUUGGAGACCGUGCCGCCCCAAGAAGACCCCCUGCAGAGACAGCGGCUCCUGGUGGAGGAGGAGCGUCUCAAGUACCUGAAUCAAGAGGAGCUGCUGAUCCAGAAGCUGCACAACCUGGAGAAGUGGGUGGAGGAGCUGCAGAGGAGGCGUGGCCUGGUGAGCGAACACGACAUGGAGCAGAGGAGUCAGGAGAUAAGUAACCUCGAGGAAACGCUCGGCCAGCUCAAGAACCAGUUCCCAGGUCUGCAGAGUCGGAUGCGGGUGGUUCUGCGGGUGGAGGUAGAGGCGGUCAAGUUCUUAAAGGAGGAACCUCUUCGCCUUGAUGCGCUGCUCAAACGCUGUAACAGCGUCAGCGACACGCUCAGCGCGCUACGCAGACAAGUCUGCGAGGGCCCCCGGAAGGACCCGGAAGACACCUUUGGCCAAUUGCAGAACAGGUCAGAGGAAGUCAACACCAUCGACAGUCCGCCGCUCAGCCUGGCUGACUGGGUGCCCACCCCCCGGCCCCCCCCUGAGCUGGACAACGUGCUCCCGCUAACUUUUAGAGGUCGAGCCACGGAUGAAUUGCAGAGUCGCCGCCCGGCUGCUAAAUGUGUGUCGGCCGAGGUCAGACUGGCGGCCGAGCGGGACUGGGAGGAGAAGCGGGCUAGCUUGACCCAGUUCAGCGCUCAGGACAUCAACCGCCUACUGGAGGAGACGCAGGCCGAGCUGAUGAAGGCCAUUCCCGACCUGGACUUUGCCACCAGGACCAUCAACAAGCCGGCUGUACCGCCCAAGCCACAAAUCAGCACAGGCGAGCAGAUUCCUAACAAAGUGCAGCUGGCGGCCCAGAAGCUGAACAGCCUGGAGGGGGUGGGACCUCCUCGAGGUUCUGUAGACCUGGGUGUGGUCAGGUGCCGCAGUGAGAAGACCUCCAAGUCUCCGCCGCCACCACCGCCUCGUCGCAGCUUCCCCUCGGCCCUCGGACUGAGCCCCGGCCGAGCGGGCGAUGCUAUCCUCGCCAACAAGAGUCUGAAGAUGGACGAGGACGGCCAACUGUCCAAGACAAUCGUCAAGCUGAGGCGUACUCCCUCCGACAACCCCCGGCCAGCCUCCACGCCGCCGCCGUCAAGUUUGCAGCAUGAAGAGCACGAGGAUAAGAUGGUCGCAGAGCUGCAGAGCAGCAGCACCACACCAGGGUUGCUCAAAGGUCCGACGGUGGCAGCGCGCCUCAAACACCUGGAGCAAGGUCACCUGGAGAGGAAUGCAGACCGCAAGUCCAAAGAGGAAGUGAAGGUUGUCCAGGAAGGAGGGCAGCAGGUAUUCCACUUUUAGGAGCUCCGCCUCCAUGGAAGCAAGUUACUAUAUCUCCGUGUUGGGAUUUUUGCUGGUAUGCUAGCUUGUGGAAAGCUAAUUUCCAUGCUAACAUUGGAAAGCAUCACAUGUUGUCUGUUAGCACUCAUGCUAGCUCGCACUGGCAGACAUUUAUUUCAUCUUCAAAAGCGGUUUGGUGUGGAAUGUCGUUGCUGCCCCCCUUGUGGUAAUCAUGACAUGUUCAAGCUCGAAAGCUUUUGAAAGCUAAGCUCCACUCGUCUUAUCUGCGCCUGCACACGCUCCGAGCGCACCUGAGCCUCCUCUGCGGACUGACUGAUAAGCACAAAGGAUGGUUCUCCUUCGCCGACUAAUUCAUUUUACACGCCCACGUCUUCGGAGACUCUGGAUCAGCUCGGCCACUCCCCGCCAAGAUGGCCGACCUCCGCUCGGCAUGCUCACGAGCGUGGCGUUCAUGGGCGCUCGAUAUAACGAAUCAUUUGCAUGACAAUUCCUUUGUGGCUUUAUGGAAACUCAUCUGUAGCGACGUCAUCAGGUCACGUGACUCCAUAGCAGACGUGACUGACGACAUCAUAGCAGAGGUGUGUCAUCACCACAUCAUGGACGACAUCAUAGCAGAGGUGUGUCAUCACGACAUCAUGGAUGACAUCAUAGCAGAGGUGUGUCAUCACCACAUCAUGGAUGACAUCAUAGCAGAGGUGUGUCAUCACAACAUCAUGGAUGACAUCAUAGCAGAGGUGUGUCAUCACCACAUCAUGGAUGACAUCAUAGCAGAGGUGUGUCAUCACGACAUCAUGGAUGACAUCAUAGCAGAGGUGUGUCAUCACCACAUCAUGGAUGACAUCAUAGCAGAGGUGUGUCAUCACGACAUCAUGGAUGACAUCAUAGCAGAGGUGUGUCAUCACCACAUCAUGGACGACAUCAUAGCAGAGGUGUGUCAUCACGACAUCAUGGAUGACAUCAUAGCAGAGGUGUGUCAUCACCACAUCAUGGAUGACAUCAUAGCAGAGGUGUGUCAUCACAACAUCAUGGAUGACAUCAUAGCAGAGGUGUGUCAUCACCACAUCAUGGAUGACAUCAUAGCAGAGGUGUGUCAUCACCACAUGGAUGACAUCAUAGCAGAGGUGUGUCAUCACAACAUCAUGGAUGACAUCAUAGCAGAGGUGUGUCAUCACCACAUCAUGGAUGACAUCAUAGCAGAGGUGUGUCAUCACCACAUGGAUGACAUCAUAGCAGAGGUGUGUCAUCACCACAUCAUGGAUGACAUCAUAGCAGAGGUGUGUCAUCACCACAUCAUGGAUGACAUCAUAGCAGAGGUGUGUCAUCACCACAUGGAUGACAUCAUAGCAGAGGUGUGUCAUCACGACAUCAUGGAUGACACCAUAGGUGACACUAUAGAUGACAUCAUUGGUAACAGCGUAGAAGACAUCAAAGGUGACACUAUAGACGACAUCAUGGAUGACACUAUAGGUGACGAUAUGGAUGACAUCAUUGGUAACAGCAUAGGUGACAUCUUGGUGCCACUUCAGAUGACAUCAUAGGAGAGACUACAGGUGACAUCAUAGGUGACAUAGCUGACAUCACAGGUGACAUCAUAGGUACAAUACAGGUGACACAUACGUGACAUAAUAGGUGACACUACAAGUGACAUCGUAGGUGCCACUACAGGUGACACGUAGGUGACACUACAAGUGACAUGUAAGUAACACUACAGGUGACAUCAUAGGUGACAUGUAGGAGACAUCAUAGGUGACACGUAGGUGACAUCAUAGGUGACAUUGCAAGUGAUAUGUAGGCAACAUUGUAGGUGCCACUACAGGUGACACGUAGGUGACAUCAUAGGUGGCAUUACAGGUAACACGUAGGUGACAUCAUAGGUGGCAAUACAGGUAACACGUAGGUGACAUCAUAGGUGCCACUACAGGUGACACGUAGGUGACAUCAUAGGUGCCACUACAGUUGACAUCUAGGUGGCACUACAGGUGACACGUAGGUGACAUCAUAGGUGUCACACAGGCGAUAUGUAGGUGACAUCAUAGGUGACACACAGGUGACACGUAAGUGACGUCAGAGGUGACGCUUAGGUAACAUGUAGGUGACAUCAUAGGUGGCACUACAGGUGACAUGUAGGUGACAUCAUAGGUGCCACAACAGGUGACAUCUAAGUGGCACUACAGGUGACACGUAGGUGACAUCAUAGGUGACACGUAGGUGACAUCAUAGGUGACAUGUAGGUGACAUCAUAGGUGGCACUACAGGUGACAUGUAGGUGACAUCAUAGGUGCCACUACAGGUGACAUCUAAGUGGCACUACAGGUGACACGUAGGUGACAUCAUAGGUGACACACAGGUGACACGUAGGUGACAUCAUAGGUGACAUGUAGGUGACAUCAUAGGUGACAUCACAGGUGACACGUAAGUGACGUCAUGGGUGACAUCACAGGUGACACAUAGGUGACGUCAUAGGUGACAUCAUAGGUGACACACAGGUGACACGUAGGUGACAUCAUGGGUGACACGUAGGUGACACGUAGGUGACAUCAUAGGUGGCAAUACAGGUAACACGUAGGUGACAUCAUAGGUGCCACUACAGGUGACACGUAGGUGACAUCAUAGGUGCCACUACAGUUGACAUCUAGGUGGCACUACAGGUGACACGUAGGUGACAUCAUAGGUGCCACACAGGCGAUAUGUAGGUGACAUCAUAGGUGGCACACAGGUGACACGUAAGUGACGUCAGAGGUGACGCUUAGGUGACAUGUAGGUGACAUCAUAGGUGGCACUACAGGUGACAUGUAGGUGACAUCAUAGGUGACACACAGGUGACACGUAGGUGACGUCAUAGGUGACAUGUAGGUGACAUCAUAGGUGACAUCACAGGUGACACACAGGUGACAUCAUGGGUGACAUCACAGGUGACACACAGGUGACACAUAGGUGACGUCAUAGGUGACAUCAUAGGUGACACACAGGUGACACGUAGGUGACAUCAUGGGUGACACGUAGGUGACAUCAUAGGUGACACACAGGUGACACGUAGGUGACAUCAUGGGUGACACGUAGGUGACACGUAGGUGACAUCAAAGAUGCCAGGUAGAAGUGCAGCGUUAAAAAGAUGUACAAAAGAAAAAUGUCAUCUAUGUUUUCUAUUUCUAUUUUUCUACGCAUGUUUUGGUGUAAAUGAUUUUUCUGAUGUUGUAUUUUCCCGCCAUGAUGAAGUCAACCAAUCAGUGGCCAUCUUGUCAGUGAUGUCAUAGACAUGUUUCCUGUGGCAUGCUGGCUGUCUCCACCUGCACGCGCUCCUCAAGAAUUAUAAUCACCAUCAUCAGAUGACAGCUGUCAAUCAAACUUGUGUCUGUGUUUGUGUGAUGGAUGUUGCUGAGUGGCCCCACACCCACCUGCUGGCAAGUGAUUUUUGGUCUUAUUUUUAGGUGCUAGUUGUCUUUCUUUUAUGUUCUUUUUGUAUUUCAUUUAUAUUCUGUUUUGUAUUGUUUUUAUCUUAUUUUUUGUCUUAUUUUUGUUCCGUUUGUCUUUACUACUUAUGUUAUUUUUAACUUUAUUUUUUUAUGUUCUUUUUUGUUUAUUUUCAGGUCCUCUUAUUUUAUUUUCAAUUUUUUUUGUUCACUUUUAUGUUCCUUUUUUGAAUCUUCUUUUUUAUUAUUAUUAUUUUUGUUUUUCAUUUUGUUCUUUUUGUCUUAUGUUUUGUUUUCUUGCCUUUAUUUUUAUAUGAUGUUUGUUUUUUUUCAGGUUUCAUGUUCUUUUUUGUUUACUUUACAAUGUUUUUGUCUUCCUUUCUAUGUGUCCGUUCUUUAUGUUUAUGUUCUACUUGUGGACAUUCUUCUUGACAAUUAAAAUGACCUCUGACCUCUGCA